AUGGUCACCAUACACAGCGGGAGACAGAAAACUGUCAGCUUAGAUAAAAAGAGCAUCCCAGACAAGAAAGCGGGGAAACCAGCUGUGCUUCAGGUUUACGUUAAGCCGCAGAUGUCGUCCCGGACCACCGAUCAUGCACCCAGUGAGAAAAAAGAGCUGCAGUCGAUACACACACUGCUCGAAAAGAUGGCAUCUGACGCCACGUCAAAAGAUGAUGCGGCGGGCAAGAUUGCUGCCAGGCGAUGGAUGGGGAAGUCAGCGAGCCAGAUCUACAGCGAGUUCUGCGAGGAAACAAGCUUCACGGCGCUCACCAAGAUCCACAAGGCAGACUUCCGCCUCAAGCGCGUCAUAUGGGCCGUCACGUGCGUGUCAAUGACCGCCAUGCUCGCCGUGCAGAUCACGUGGCUCUUCCAGAAAUACUUCCGGUGGCCAGUGGAGCUGUCAAUAGAGGUGAAGGCGGUUCCGGUACUGCAGUUCCCGAGCGUCACCAUCUGCAACAUCAACCCGCUGAAGAAGGACAACAUGAGGUCGGGUCCAUUCCAGGAGAAGAGCGCUGUGUUCACACUCGGCAAGGACGACAUGAUCUACGACGGCUAUUCGGACGAUCUCAUGAACGAAAUGACAUCAAAUUCUCUUUCCGGCAACCUCAGCGAUAACGACGUAUUGUCGCUGAUGAAGAAGAACGACUUCAACAAGUGGAACGUGCUGCGCAAUAACACGGAAAUGGCGAAGGCUUUUUACCGCUCCAUGGACGACAAUCACGUGGCCAUCAUAGCGUACUCGGACGUGGCGGCCAACAUGAGCGGCUCAGAGCUGCGUACGUACGGACACCAGAGCGAGGACAUGAUCAUCUCGUGCACCUGGCAGGGCAUGGCCUGCUCGCCGGACAACUUCACCUUCGUUCGCAACAACAAGUAUGGAAACUGCUACACCUUCAAUGCUUUCGACAACGGUCAAGAUCCACUGACAAUGAACUACCCGGGUCCGCUCAUGGGUCUCACACUAGAGCUGAACAUAGAGCAGGACGACUACAUUCCUGCCCUGGCCCAGGACGCCGGGGUGAAGAUCGUUAUCCAUGAGCGGGGAACCUAUCCCAUACCGGAAGACGCGGGACUGUCGCUCCCUCCUGGGAUGAAGACAUCCAUCGGGCUGGACAAGACCGAGUAUAAGCGCCUCCCGCCGCCUCACGCUGACUGUGGCACGAGCGGCCAGGGCGUCGUGGACCUGUAUGCACGUGACUUCGGAACCGCCUACACCAAGGAGACUUGCCUCAAGUCCUGCAUGCAGGCCGCCGUACUAGACCAGUGCGCAUGCGCAUCCUCCUUUUUCUACGUACCACCUGGCGAGAAAGUCUGCUCCUUGGAACUCCGUGGAAACGACUGUAAGAUGAAUUCUGAGAACUUGAUAUCUGACAUCGGAGGCCAGCUGGGUCUGUGGCUGGGCCUCUCUGCAAUCACGUUUGGCGAGCUGAUUGAUCUGUGUGUGUCCCUGGGGAGGGCGGCAGUCGACGAGUGUUGCGACCGGAAGUUCCAUGAGGAGGAGAAACAGGACGGUGAGUCCGACAUAGCCUAGCAGACUGGAAGCGUCGACUGGGAACAUGCAAGGAUUCAUGUGUUUUCGAGACGCAUUAACAGAUUUAUCAGGAACUCGUAAUAAUAUCGCAACGUGUUUAAGCUGUUGUGUUUAAUUGUAUUGUUUCUGAUGUUUUUAUAAUGACAUCUAAUUAUUUUUUGCAAAUUCAUUUAUGGCACCAAUCAGAAGUGAACAAGACUUUGACAGCAACUCAAGUCAUACAGGA